CAGUGGUGUUGGGUCGUGAGUGGUAGCUGGUCUCCACCAUGCCGAAGCCUACCCCUGUCGAGGAUUUAAUUAUACCACCCCAGGACCAAAAAAUAUGUGGGACUAUAUGUGUUUGUCAAAUGACAGCCGUCUUGAGUUGUGUAGCUAUUGUGUAUCUCACAGUCGCAAUAUAUAUGCCCUACACGCGUGCGAUCGCUUCAGGCAUCGACCCGACACCGAUUAUGUGUACAACAACUAGGGCAGUGAACAAAGACAACUGUGAUUGGGGAUCGUGUGGUGAAUGGUGCUUGAGCAAGACUUCCGGAGCCUGCAUUCAGAUAUAUGUCAAUGUCAGAAAGAAUGGAUCAUCGUUACUCCUCUCUGAAUGUGGCAGUGCUGCUAAUAAAACAUGCUAUGGCAUAGAUCAGGAAAAUGCUAAGAAAUAUCACUGCAUCCGCGACGAAUGCAGAAAUUUAACCGGUACUUUUAAUUGCACAGAAGGAAAAUGUAUAAAUAUAACAGAUGCUUUUGAGUGCGCUUUCAGUGAAACGGAUCCACCAUUAAAAUGUUCUGGUAGAAGAGGAAAAAUAACUUGUAUAGACGUUCAUGGAUUAUAUUCUUGUAGUAGAGGAACUUGUAGAAAAAUAAGAACACCGUAUAAUUGUGAUCGACGAUGUGUUGAUAUUCCCACCCGUAAUAAGAACGUUAUAGUGCUAAGCGGAGAUCGAGUUUUUCUCGCGAGAUGUACAAAACUAGCUCAAGAGGAAAAUGGGACAGUAGUUUGGAAUGAUUCUGGUGAAGAAGUGCUCAUGUUAUCUUGUCAUGCGGUCCAUAAUGGAACAUCGGGUGUUGUUGCAGUAGAUUGUAUCAACGCAGCACUGUUACCAAAAACGGAAAUAGCCGAUUUAACUAAUUUCACUUACUUACAGUAUCUGUACACAACGAAAGCUACGCCUAACCGUUAUAUAGCGCCACCGGAAGUAGAACUAACAUUAGCAAAUGACAGUCGCUUAAUGAUUAAUCUAGAAGGAUGUGUUAAUACUCUCGCAGAUGAGUGCAAGGAAUUUUUGAAAACGUACGGUCGCGACGGUACAGAUCACAAUGCAAAAGCAAGAUUCCCAUGUUUCUACACUGAAAAUAAUCCAGACACAGUAGUCGCAAGAUUCGAUUUAGAUGCAACGUAUCGACAGUUCAUUGUUGCUUUACUUCUGCCCACAGUUCUAGUAGUAGUGUCGUGUAUCACGUUGUUGUUAUGUCAGACUACGGUGGUAGUGGGUGAUGAUGCGAAAAUGAGAUUUAAGGGAUGUACUAGUGGACAAGCUGAGAUGCAAAUGUCACCAAACGAUCCUGUUUCUCCCCUCUGAGAUCAGUCACGUGAGAUAUUAUACUAAAUCAUAAUUUUUCGAAAUAAAUAAUGGUAAAAGUAUAAAACAAA